CGUAGUCAUCAGUUCUAAACACACAAGAGAGAAUCUAUCAAACUAAACACGUACGAGAUAUAAAUGGAGACCGUAGUAUUGAUUGUGGGAGCUGGACCUGCCGGUUUAGCAACAUCGGUUUGUCUAAACCAACACUCCAUCCCAAACGUGAUCCUCGAGAAAGAAGACGUCUACGCAUCACUUUGGAAGAAACGAGCCUACGAUCGUCUCAAACUGCACUUGGCCAAAAGAUUUUGCCAGCUUCCUUUCAUGCCGCACGGCCCUGAUGUUCCAACCUUCAUGCCCAAAGACCAUUUCAUCGACUACCUUGAUGCAUACGUUACCCGUUUCAACAUAAACCCUAGAUACAACCGCACCGUGAAGUUCUCAACGUUCGAUGUGUCCAAUAACAAGUGGAGGGUGGAGGCGGAAAACACGGUGACCGGAGAAACCGAAGUGUAUUGGUCAGAGUUUCUGGUGGUUGCGACCGGAGAGAACGGAGAUGGGUAUAUUCCGGAGGUGAAAGGGAUUGAAACUUUCCCCGGAGAGAUUGUGCAUUCGAGUCAGUAUAAGUACGGUCGUGAUUUUAAAGGUAAAAACGUUCUUGUGGUCGGAGGUGGAAAUUCUGGUAUGGAGAUUAGUUUUGAUCUUUGCAACUUCGAAGCUAAUACAGCCGUUCUCGUUAGAACUCCGAGACACGUGUUGACGAAAGAAGAGGUGUACUUGGGGAUGUCAUUGCUGAAGUAUGUUCCGGUGAAGGUGGUUGACACAUUGGUGAUGUUGACGACUAUGGCAAGGUUAUUUGUGUACGGAGAUGUUUCCAAGUACGGACUCCUCCGACCGAAACAAGGUCCUUUUGCCACCAAACUCUACACAGGAAAAUCUCCUGUCAUCGAUGUCGGGACUGUCCAAAAAAUUCGCGACGGCAAGAUUCAGGUUAUCAAUGGUGGCAUAGGAUGCAUCAAAGGCAAGACCUUGACAUUCGAAAAUGGAUUGAAACAAGAUUUCGAUGCGAUUGUGUUUGCCACUGGUUACAAAAGCUCUGUCUGCAAUUGGCUAAAGAACUAUGACUACGUGAUGAAGGAAGAUGGUUUCCCCAAGAAACCAAUGCCGAAGCAUUGGAAAGGAGAGAAGAAUCUUUACUGUGCUGGAUUUUCGAGGAAGGGAAUCGCCGGAGCCGCUCAAGAUGCUAUGGCUGUGGCUGACGACAUCAAAUCCAUCUUGGCAACUACCAAAUGUUGAAGCUAUAUAUUUUUGUUAGCAGUUUGAACCAAAAAAAAAAUGAGAAAGUAGAAGAAUUGUGUUGGUUUUGCUCUAGUUUAAUUUUAAAAUAGUGUUUUCAAUCUAGAAUUUGAGAUGAUUUGUACUAAAUCACA